CUCACAAAGAUUCAAAGAAAUUAAUAUAUAGCUGAUAGAAAAGAAAGAGAAACAAAUCACGUAAGAGUUGGAAAUGAAGGUUUCGAUGCAAGGUAUGUUGUUGAUAAUAAUGAUAACGUUGGCAGGGGUAUUUAUGGAAGAAGGAAACGCACAAGGAAGCGGUGGUGGUGGUGGUGGUGGUGGUGGUGGCUCAGCCUGCCUGAAUCAGCUAAUUCCUUGCCUGAACUAUCUGAAUAAUCAAGGGCAGGGACAGGAUCCCCCUGAUAGCUGUUGUGAUCCAUUGAAAUCAGUGAUAAAAUCCAAUCCAGAGUGCUUAUGUAGUAUGAUAAGCAAUCAAGGUACUAAAAAUGCUGAGAAUGCUGGUAUCAAUGUCACUAAGGCCCAAGAAUUACCAGCAAGAUGUGGUCAACGUGUCAACCCGAUCUCAUGCAUCACCUCCACCUCUAAGACUACUCCAGGUACAAGUGAUUCCCAAAGCUUAGGAAAUUCCAUGGUCUACUUGUUGUACCCGUUGAUGCUAAUUAUCGCAGCUGUAUAUGCUUGAUUUUAUUUUUUUGUUGCAUGAUUAAGCCGAAUGUACACUUGAGUUGCCGCUUUGUUCUUUUUCUUCAUUUCAACUAGUUAUUGAUUACUAGUAUUACCAACAGACAGUGUAUGGAUCUAUGGAGCUUCUAAUUAUAAUGAGGUUAUGUACGUAAUUUGAGUUAA